AAAAAUGGCGAUUAUGAUCAACGACAACGUACGCGAGACAGCUAUUAAUCGGCUGACGGUGUUUCUUCUCCGUCUAGAAUCAUCAUCAAUGACAAACCGCCACCAAUGAGAGAGCAAGUUCUCCUCACGCACCAAUGAGAUAAAAAUAGCUUUGUCUGGACGACGACGGUCCAAGUAAGGAGAUCAGCCUUGUCGAAACUGUCAUCGUAGUCCAGUGAGGAUAAUCUAGUAAUUUCAGGAACUUAGAAAGCCUGGAGAAGGCUGUCUCGCACGUGCCCCGUUGCACUCAUUUCAAAUUCAAAAAAACUCAUUUCCCUCUCAUUUCUCGUCGGACAAGAGAUUUGAAAGAAAAUUACCACAACGCUCUACUACACAAAUCUACUCUCAGUUACACUCAAUGGAGUGUGAUGAACCUCCGUCUCCGUCGCUCUAUCCACGACGGCCGCCGUCUUCUUCGCUUCUCAAAGACAUUUCCAAUUUUAAAACCCCAAAACGUCCCCCACAAACCCCCGAUUUCAACUCUCCAUGCGCACAACAAUUUUUCACUGCCUCCAAACAAACUCCUAAGUCCUAUGCUCGGUCGUUUCAUCGCCAUGGGCUCUCCAAGUCAAAGUCCAAGACAGCUGCCGCCCGGAAACUCAAGUCUUUGGAAAUGGAACAAUCAAAAUCCGCCUACAAGUCAAAGCUCAAAAAGGAACAGUCACUCAAGUCGCUCUCCAAAUCCCUCACCGUCUGGCUUAAUUUCCUGAUUCAAAACCCUAAAUUAUGCGGCUAUGACAGAAUUGGGACCAACUCGGAGGUGGCCAAGGGGAAGAGGGAAGGAGGAGAGAUAAUGGCAUGGCGGAGCCCAAAACGGCUUAGGGACAUGUGGUGGAAAAGAGAAAAUGACAAUGCUGAUGUGGAUGUUGAUUUGGCGGAGUCCAAGUACUUACUGUUGAAAAAUUCGUUAAAGGAUGUGUGUAGUUUGGAUGAUCUGAAGCAAAGGAUGGGUGUUUACUUGAGUUUGGGUGGUUGCAAAGAGGUUUUCCAUGUCAUGACUCUUGUGAUUAAGAAUAUUGAUGAUGGGCGAUUAAAAAUGAAGUCACAUUGUCCCAUUGUAACUGAUGUUGGGAUGAAGGAAAAAGCCACUAGUGUUAUUAUGAGUUAUAACCCCAUUUGGCUUCGAAUUGGCCUGUACAUUAUUUUCGGUGGUGAUUCCUUGUUGUCUAAUGAAGAUGUUAAUUCUGAACAAGAUAUGGUAUUCUUGAAAAUGAUAAUCGAGAAGCAGUUUUUCUCUCAUGCCGGGCUUGCAAAAGCUUAUGCUUAUAACAAAAAGGUGGAGGGUUUAUACAGACCUGGUUAUUAUGAAACCUUGGGGACUGUUAUAUUGAAGAGAUUUUUGCUGCUUGUUCUCAUACUUGAUAGAGCUAAAUCCCAGGGAAUUCUUCCACUCAAUUAUGGUAUUGAUGGAGUUGAUGGGGGUUCUCCUCUUUUGUUCAUAGUGAAAUCUAGUAUCAAAUCAAGCCGCCAAGUGAUUGUUGAUUUCUUAUCUUCCGAUGUAAUGCAUGGAGAAGGUAGUCUUCUCGCACACCUGGCGAUUGUUGGGUACAAAGUGUCUUACCAACAGUCUCCCCUGGUUGAGUAUGAUUUCCGAGUUACGGAUUUAUUUGUAGAUCUCCAAGAUGGUCUGCGGCUUGGUAGAAUCAUACAACUCUUGCUACAGGACUCCUCAAUCCUUACGAAAUUGGUAGUCCCAUCUGAUACUCGCAAAAAGAAUUUAAUAAAUUGUGGCAUUGCUCUGCAAUAUUUGAGAAAGGCUGGUGUAGUGUUAUAUGAUGAAGAUGGAACACCAAUUACGGAAGAUGAUGUUGCCAACGGAGACAAAGAACUUAUUCUUUCCUUGCUAUGGAACAUGUUUGUGCACCUGCAGUUACCACUUUUGAUAAACAAAAAUGUCUUAGAAGAUGAAAUUUGCAAACUUCAGGAAACUAGUGUGGGCAAAUUGAAUGGUAGCGGUUCAACUCUGGAUUUGCUUUUAAAUUGGAUCCAGGUGGUCUGCCAAAAGUAUGAUUAUCAGAUUGACAGUUUUUCUUCAUUGGUUGAUGGAAAAGCCAUAUGGUGCUUGCUUGAUUUUUACUUCCGGAAGGAAAUUAGUUGUUCUUGUUCUUCGAAGGACCAUCAUGAAGCAAGAGGUGAAGAAUCAAUAAUGUCAACCACUGAUUACACAGAUGCUUUUCACAACUUUAUAUUGUCCCAGAAAUUGACCACAUUGUUGGGAAGCUUUCCAGAGGUUCUGCAAAUGAGUGACAUACUUGAACAUAAUGGUGCUUGUAGUGAGCGGAGCGUGGUAAUUCUUUUGGUGUUCCUCUCCUCUCAACUGAUUGUCAGGAAGAACAUGGAUCAACUAAACUUUCAUAAACUAUUGGGCUGUAAUUGUCAAAAUUUUGAGAGGAGACGUUCAAAUAUUGGAUACUGGAUUGAGAAUUUUCAAGCAUUGUCAGAACAAGAAGAAGAAAAAGAUGACAGCAAGGAAGAUGCAGUGAGGAAGUUUAAGGCCCUUCAGGCUUGGUGGCGGGAAAUGGCUGAGAAGAACUAUAAAAGUGCCUCAAAACCUCCUAUCGCUACUUUGCAGAGCUUCUCAACUAACAAAAACAGCAUUAACCUUGAAAAAGGUACUACAGUAAGUCAAACUGUAGAAGGUAUUGCAAAACAGUCCAAAGUGGAGGGAGAAUUACGAGGAAAUGCUGCACAAGUCAUACAGACUCAUUUCAGGAGAUGGAUUCAACGUCGCAGUUUCUUGAAGAUGAGGAAUGCAGUUUCAUUUUUGCAAAUUGCUAUUCGAGCGUGGUUAGAAGUGAAGUUCAAUUCAACACUUGAAGAUUUUGAUACUAGAAAAAUCGAGAACUUAGAGAUAGGGAGAUAUGUCAAGUUCAUUGUUGAGAAACGCGGUUUUGGCAAGUUAAAGAGAUCGGUAGUACUUAUCCAGCGAGCAACUAGAACUUGGAUAAGUCACAGACAUCAGGUGAAAAAUAUGAACAAUCAGGGUGUAUCCACUCCUUAUCUAGUUAGUGAUGCCAUGGAUGUUCAGACGUGUGUGCCCAGCAUCCUUGAAAUCGAGAAAACUCCGUUUAUGUGUCAAGAAAAGGAUGACAGGGAGUUGGAAACAGAGGCAGCACUUAAAAUUCAGUUGGCAUGGAGGAAUUUCACAUCAAACAAGUCCCUUCACAAGAAAUGUGUUGCUGCAACUAAAAUUCAGAGUCAUUUCCGUGGUUGGCAGUCAAGACAAAGAUUCUUAAUUUUGAAGCAGGCAACAAUAAAAAUUCAAAGUCAUUUCCGAUGCUUAAGCUGUCAAAGGGCAUUUCAUGAGAACAAAGUUGCCACAAGGUCUGCUAUUCUCAUGCAAUCUUGCAUACGUGGUUGGCUAGCUAGAAGACAAGCUUCAAGAUUUAGGUGUUUCAUUGUUAACAUCCAAAGACAUGUACGUGGGUGGCUGAUUAGGAGGGACUACAUGGUUCAAAGAAAGGCUCUUAUAAAGAUCCAAAGUGCCAUUAGAUGCCUACUAUGCAAGAGAUCUUUUCAUUUAAAUAAAUCAGCUGCCAUUGAAGUUCAACGAUUUGUUAGAGGGCAGAAUACUCGAAGGAGGCUCCUAGGAUCGUCUUGCCAUCUUGCAACCACUAUUUCUGGUCAUUAUAAUACCUCAAGAGACUGCUUCCAGAGUUUUGAAUUAGGAGUACUUGUAUCAUCUGUUUUAAAACUGCAAAGGUGGUGGAGGCAUGUUUUGCUGCGUAAAUUAAAAAGAAAGUCAGUUAUCAUUAUCCAGUCACAUAUUAGGGGGUGGGCAGCAAGGAAAAAGCUCUCUAGAGAGAAGCAUUGUGUUGUUGUGAUUCAAUCUUAUUGGAAAGGCUACCUUGCUCGAAAAGAAUCAAGUAGGCAAAUGCAGGAUUUGCGCUUGAGAGUUCAGAAUUCUGCCACAAAUGUGGAUGAUGGAAUGCGCAUUAUUAACAGACUAGUGUCAGCACUUUCAGAACUACUCAACAUGAAAAGUGUCAGUGGCAUUCUUCAUACUUGUGCAACUUUGGAUACGACAACACAACAUUCUCAGAAAUGUUGUGAAAAGCUGGUGGCUGCUGGGGCAAUUGAGACUUUGUUGGAGCUUAUUCGCUCGGUCAGUCGAAGCAUACCUGAUCAGGAAGUUCUAAAGCAUGCACUCUCAACUCUCAAAAACCUUACCCGUUAUCCGCAUUUGAUCGAAGCACUAAUCGACAGUCAAGGAUCUGUUGAAACAAUUCUCUGGGAGAUGUUAAGGAAUAAGGAUGAGGGAUAUUUCAUUGCUUCUGAGAUUUUGAAGAAGAUAUGCUCAAACCAUAAAGGUGUUGAAGCCAUAUGCAAGUUAAGUGGCCAUGUUAAGAGAUUAAACACUCUUGUUGAGGAACUAACAAGGAAGGCGAACAUGGAUAAAAGAAAUCCCCGGAGCCAGUCAGUGAGAGCGAACUUGGAAAGGAGAUUGAGGGAGGCUGUUGAACUGGUGAAGCUGAUAAAACAUGGCUGAAGGCAGAGAUGAUGAAUAGGCUCACAUUGUAUAAAGUAAGAAAAGCCACAUGCAUGGGAGCCUGUGAACUGGCACCAUAUUUGUUUCUUUGUUAAAGUUCACCACUUGUUUGGACCGCAAUUGCUGCUGCUGCUGCUGCUUCUUCCCGCACAUAUAUUGUUGAAUCAGAGCCAACACUACUUUUUAAUUCCCUCUUUUUACAAUAAUUAAAUUUAUUUCUUACCCAGAAAGGCAAGCGGCAAUAUAUUUUAGUUAUUUGAUUGAUUGAACAAGUGGAUGCUAGGAUAAGGGAAGAGUGUGGCGUGAUGGUUCCAAGAGGGCAGCGAUGCACAUGACAUAUUAUCUUCUCUGUUUAAAGUAUCGAAUCAGAGAUUGAGAACCAGCAA